CGAAAUCUACUCUCAGCUACUUCAACCUCGACCACUGCAAGUCAGUCGACCACAAGUCAACUUUCCACGAUGAGCAGCGCAAUCACCAUGAGAUCAGUGGCUGGACCGUCUCGGCUGGCUUUCACUGCUCCUUUGCGACACCUUUCCACCGGUCCUCGCUCUACCGGAUCGAACGAGCCAAAGCCCCCAGCAUCCCCCCCAGCCUGGAAACCGAAACGACAUGGAGGACGCCAACACGCCCCAGAUCACACCGCGAUCAACUCGAAGCGGGCACGUCGGGAUGUCUUGGCUCGACUCGUCUCACUCCACCAUACGGCCGCGUCGUUCAUGCACCAAGCAAAAGAUAUUUCGACCGGUUUCGAUAACGCCUUUCGAUACAUCGAGGCCGAGCCGUAUUUCUUACCCUUUUCACGUUGGAAGCGAGGGGUCUUGGAACACAUUGCGGAUGGACCCAAAGUCAAGGAGAGGCCUGUUCGAGAAGACUUGCCCCCAUUAGGACGAGAGCUAGAGCAGAGGGAAACGCUUCAACCUGCUUUUUCACAUUGGAGAACGUUUCAGCCCAUCGAAUCAUCUUGGAUCCAUUCUAAACGCGAGAUCAAAGGAUUGGCAAAGAGUGAAAGGGAGAAGCAAGUCAAAGAAGCUUUCUUUGGCGUCUGGGAUAGAGGCGGAGUUGGAAUGGAGGACUCUCAACCGAGUCUGGAAGGUAUCGAAGAGUGGAUCGAGGCAAGAGGAUCAACCGUCAAAGAGGUGGCAGAUGAAUGGAGAGCCAAUCGGACAAAGCAUGUCGCCGUGGUCAAGAGGUAAUUCAUGC